AUUAAAGUCUCUUCAGUCGUGUCUGAGUGUCUGAUCAGUGAAACCGUAUUGUCUACAUCGCGUCAAGUAUUAUUUGCUAGAUUAUAAAUACACUAGAUUAUAAUUAUAAAGAUGAUUGAUGAAGACGUAAUACGUCGAAGACUACUCAUAGACGGUGAUGGCACAGGAGAUGAUCGUAGAAUUAAUAUGUUGUUGAAGUCAUUCAUAAAAUGGAUCAACAAUUCUGACGUGGAUAACACACUGCAUGAAAGAAUGCUAUCACAGUUGGCGCAAUGUGAAUUUGCACAGAAAAAAUCCAGACUAGUUUCGAAUAUGAGUCGAGAAGAGCUACAGAGUUAUGAAAAACUGUCCAAAGAAAUUGAGGUACAGAUUGAGGAGGCUAAGAAAGAGAUAGAAACGACGAAGGCGGAAUUGCAGGAUGCCAAACGUGUCAGAAAAAAUAGAAUAGAGUACGAUGUGUUAGCCAAAGUUAUCAAUGAACAGCCGGACCGACUGGAAACUGACGUCAAGCUCGCCACAUUGAGAGAAGAGUUAGGCAGUUUAAAGGAAAAAUCAGAACAGGUAGAGCACAAAUUAGAAAUGCGCCGCAAACAAUUCCAUGUUCUAAUAUCGUCUAUACAUUCUUUACAAGGAAUGUUGGACGAGUGUGAGGAAGAAGUAAUGGACGUGAGCCUUGAGAAUUUUGAAGAGAUGGAUGUACAAACAUCUGCCAAACAGAAUUCAUGAAUAUCUACCUCUAUUGUAUCAAGCCGUUUAUAAAAGUCAAGGAAAGUAUGAGAACCGCAACUGAUGGUAGUUACAACAGGGUAAAAGAGC